UAUACAGGAAUCGCCAUGGCGUCACCAAAAGCCCCUGCAGGCCAUUUCUCGAUCUUAUACUUUGCCUCCGCGUCGACGUUUACAAAUAAAACUAGCGAAUACCUGUCUGCGCCGGUGGAAGCUCGAGGCCUGUUCUCCAAGCUCGAGGAGCUGUAUCCCGGCAUCAAUGACAAGGUCCUGAACAGCUGCGCAGUGACAGUCAACCUAUCCUAUAUCGAGAUUGAUGGUGAUGAGGCCCCCGAUCUUAAGAUUGUGAUCAAAGAAGGCGACGAGGUGGCCAUCAUCCCGCCAGUCAGUUCAGGAUGAACCAGCAAAGGUAGCAGAGGUAGUUGAGAUUGCACACCUUGGCGCACAUAUCGUAGUCGCUGAGCCAGUGGCUGAGUGGACACGCUUGCUCUAGGAUACCUCCGAAUCGUUUCCUUGAUGUUCCAAAACUUGAAGCAUUCAGUGCUCUCUUGGGCCAUGGCCUUCUGCCAAUACACGUGAAGUCUGGUAGCUAGCUAGCCAAGACCCCUCCGCUAGAUGGGGAGUGCGCCCGUUGUCGGCAGUGUGUGAAGGUUGUGGCUAUUCGGGUUGAAGCUGUACCUAUUAGGCCCAGACGGAGAGUACUGCGCAAUACCACUCUUACGUGCAUGAAAAUUUCUAUAAGAAUUUACAUAGUCAAAUAGGCUGAAUCGAUUCCAACACCGCCUGCAAGUGCACCCUUUGUCUUCCACGACAUGAACGUGCUGGCUCCCUUUGAUUGGAAG